ACACAUUUAUGUCGCUGUUUGACCAAUACACUUCCCCGGAAGAUAGUUACUUCUGAUUGUUUUCAACAGUAUCACAUCACCAGUGGUCGAGUGAACAUCAAAAAGUUCCCUAAGAACAAAAUCAAAUAAUUACAGUUAAGAAAUCCCUCAAACAGAAUGAUGGAAACCAGUUCCUGUCCGGAGGUUUCGGAAAGCCCGCCUUCCACUCCCCCGUCAUCCAGUACGCCGAAGCAUGAUCCUGCUCAGCCAAAGCAGCAGUCUUUGGAGCAACAGUCUUCGACUCAACUGGAUCCACAAAAUCCGAGACUGCUCUCGUCGCUUUACAGUUUCUUGGUCAUUGUGAGCUUCUUCUUAGUAGGCUUUGCCGCGUUCCGAAACACUCUCACUUGGCACCUUCAGAGAUUCUGGGGUGCAUCCGGAGAUUUCUGGCAAGCCCACUGGGAUCGGUUCAUUGAUUUUACAGGUGAAGAUCCUGCAACCCUCUGGGUGCUCAGUACAACCUUGUUCACCGUGUUCGUUUAUUGGUUCUUCGGAGGCAUUUACACCAUCUUCGACCUAACCUGUAAGCCGGCUUGCAUUCGCCGAUACAAGAUGCAACCCGGCACAAACGAGCCAGUAGAUCGGACACGCCUCAUGAAGGUCAUCGCAACGGUGUUGAUGAACCAAACCCUAGUCGGCAUACCGAUGGCCGUGUUUAUGUACCAAGCGAUGCGCUUUCGUGGACUGAAUGACUUGCGCGAGCUGCCCACCUUUCACUGGGUGCUGGCCGAGCUAGCGUUCUGCAUCUUCAUCGAGGAGAUUGGCUUCUACUACGCCCACCGACUGUUGCACAACCGAUUCAUCUACAAAUACAUCCACAAGCAGCACCACGAGUGGACAGCUCCGAUUGCCAUCACCGCCAUCUACUGCCAUCCGAUUGAGCAUAUUUUCAGCAAUUUGGUUCCGCCGUUCUUGGGGAUCUUCAUGCUGGGAAGCCACGUGGCGGUCGCUUGGUUGUGGUUCACGUUGGUCAUUUUGUCGACGCUGAACGCCCACUCCGGGUACCAUUUGCCGUUCUUUCCCAGCCCGGAGGCACACGAUUUUCAUCAUUUGAAGUUCAACCAAUGCUUCGGGAUUCUGGGAGUGCUGGACCGGUUCCACGGCACCGACACCCUGUUCCGGAACACCAAGGCCUACACCCGUCACAUCAUGAUGCUGAGCUUCAUCCCGGCACGGGAGGCCUUCCCCGAACCGGCCAAGAAGCCCUUCUAAGGGCUGAACCUCAUCUACAUCAAUCGUUCUUUGUCUACUCGUGUGGUUGCACUCGCCGCACAUCAACCGAGCAAAACUUAUCCGCAUGCUAUCAUGUUACACACUAUUAUUGUUAGAAAUAUGAAGGUGAAACCUAUUAUAGAUUAUUGGCUGGAACGGUGAUGCAAUGAAAUCAACGAUUUCUUCAGGAGAAACAGAGUGGUUCGAGCGAAGCUCGACGGUUGAUUUACGAAAUCGUAACCCACUAGACUCGGCUAGAGAAUACCACUUUUAGCGACCAUGAAACUAGGUAAGGAUUACAAGAAAA